CCUAGACUGAAAAGAUAGAAAACAGGAGCUAAGGAUCAAGAGAUGCUCCUCUUUGCCAUGUAGUAACAUUACACCCAUGGAUCAUCCCCAAGGGUUACGUUUACAUUUCCUGCCUGAAGUUCCGGGAAGCCUGACUUCCUUUCCACCCAGCGGAGCGCUCCAAGGGCAGGAGCUGCUGGGCCACCAGAGGGCGCCACGCAGGCCCGGGGACGCAGGAGCCGCGUCAUGGCCGCCGCAUGCGUCCUGCUGCUUCUGUCCGGGCACCCAGAAUCGGCGAGCUUCGCACGGAACGUGUGUGGCUUUCUGGGCGCUGGGCCAGGGCUCGGGCCAUGGCCCACGCACUGCAGCUUGAAGCGAGGACAGCUCGUCCUCUCGGACAGGCCAUCCCCAGGCGCCUCAGCCAGGCUUCCGCUUCCGCGACCCCCUUUCUGCCCUUUCACGGCCCUGGAUCAGCAGCCCAGGACCUCCGCGCCCGAGCUGCCCACAAACCGAGGUGUGGAUUUGUGUGUGGCCGUCAUUCUGCAGUCCAGCGACCAGACUGUCCUGCUAACACGAAGGACCCGUACCCUCAGCAUUUCCCCCGAUCUCUGGGUACCCCCAGGUGGACAUGUGGAACUUGAGGAGGAGGUAACCAAUCAGCUGAUCCAACCUGCACCCUUACCCUGAGGCCUAAGUCUGGGACCACCUUGGUGGUGCUGAGGGAGAAGCAACAAAAGGACUUGGAAGAGUCAAUCCCUGGCUACUCUGACCUGCCCUCUCUACCAGCUGCUAGAUGGAGGACUUCGCGAGCUUUGGGAGCAGAGUGGACUGCAGCUGCCCCAGGGCCAGUUCUCUCGGGUCCUUCUGGGGCUAUGGGAGUCUGCCUACCCUCCGAGGCUGAGCUGGGGUUUCCCCAAAUACCAUCACAUCGUUCUCUUUGUCAUCUCCCAGGAGUCACAGCAACAGCUGCAGGCACAGAUCCAACCAAACCCAAGUGAGGUGAGCGCCGCCUUUAUGUGGCUGGGACCGGAUGUCGCAGCUGCAGUGGCUGCCACAGAGGAUGGGGCAAAGACAGCCAGAACUCUCCCCCAGGACCUACCACCCUGUCCUUUGUCAUUACACAGUGCAGUGGAAGUGCAGGAAGAUGGAGAAGCCCAACCUCUGGCCCUGCCCUUGUCCACACUGCUGCAGACAACCCCAACCACAGCAGAGGCCAAAGAGAGAGUCAGCACGGGGACCAAGUUUGCCCUCAGGCUCUGGCUACAACACCUGGGCUGUGUGACACCCCCACCAUGUGAAAGUGGAGCUCACCUGGACCCAGGGCCAGCAAAGGAAGCACUGAACAUGGACCCCCUUCCCUCAAGCCAGAAGUCUGGAAAACAAAGUCCAUAGCCCCUCCCUAACUCAUCUCCGUGACACAGAACAUUCACAACUUUUAUUAUGGGUGAGAACUUUGCCACAACUUUGGGAAUAAAAAGUAAAAUUAUAAUGUAAGUCCUAGGCCCUGAAGGAGCCUGAAAAAGAGACUGAGAAGGAUGGCACAAGGGUCCUCCUACCUCCCAGGAAAGGUGCAGAAUGAACCAACCACACGCCUCUGGAAGCUUAGGCCCAGGGUUGGUCAGC